AUGAGUACGAUCAAAUCGAGUUUCUUGGCUGCUACAAUUUUGAUGUUACUAUUGUUAUCUCUUACCGUCGAUGCUCAAUCUAGUGUCGAUGUUGUUUGUCCUUUUACAAGAUAUGGUAACAUAGUGUCUGGUACUGACAUCAGGAAGACUUUAGCAAAUGCAUGGAAGGAUGCAUGCACGUCCAAUCGUUCUAGUGCAAUUUUUAUUCCGAGAGGGAUAUUUAAAGUAAAGCAAGAGAAUUUUGAAGGACCUUGUAAUAGCCCAAUUGACUUUCAACUUGGAGGAACAUUGCAGGCACCAAAAAGUGUCCAGGGAGAUAAUUGGAUCACUUUUGCCCGUGUUGAUAGAUUGACAUUAUCAGGUGAAGGAGUUUUUCAUGGCCAAGGAAAAGCAGCUUGGAAAAGGAAUGAUUGCCACAAACGCAUAAAUAGUGCCCAACUCCCCGUUGUAGUCGAUGCUCAAUCUAGUGUCGAUGUUGUUUGUCCUUUUACAAGAUAUGGUAACAUAGUGUCUGGUACUGACAUCAGGAAGACUUUAGCAAAUGCAUGGAAGGAUGCAUGCACGUCCAAUCGUUCUAGUGCAAUUUUUAUUCCGAGAGGGAUAUUUAAAGUAAAGCAAGGGAAUUUUGAAGGACCUUGUAAUAGCCCAAUUGACUUUCAACUUGGAGGAACAUUGCAGGCACCAAAAAGUGUCCAGGGAGAUAAUUGGAUCACUUUUGCCCGUGUUGAUAGAUUGACAUUAUCAGGUGAAGGAGUUUUUCAUGGCCAAGGACAAGCAGCUUGGAAAAGGAAUGAUUGCCACAAACGCAUAAAUAGUGCCCAACUCCCCGUUGUAG